UCUGUACCAUCGCAACAGGAGCUGCACGAGCUGCAGGAACAUCUGCAUGCUCUCGAACAGAAAAAGGCCCUACGAACUUGUGAAUUUGGGGCCCUUCAAAGAGAGAUAGUUGUUCAGCUACACUUGGUUGGAGCUGUGCCCGACAUGCAGUUCGAGCAAGAAAUUGUGGACAACCCUGAGACCUUCAUCUUGUUCUUGCAGAACCUUGAAAAUGCUGGCGACUAUCUUCAGAGGUUGAAAAAGCUGGAAAAUGCACGCCAUGAAGAGAUUGCUACCCUAAUGGAACAGCUUAACAUUUUCUAUGAUCGGCUUGAUGUGCCCGAAGAACAACAGCUCGGGCAUCCCACUAGCCUCACUACGGAAGUAGUUGACACGCCCGAAGGCCGCACAGUGGUGCAGCAGGAAGAAGAGAUGCAAGCACUCGUGCAGAGGCUGCGGGAAAUAAGAUAUUCCCGCAAGCGAGAGCUUCACAGGUUGAGAAGCGUGGAAGCAGACCUCUGCCACAGGUUGGACGAGCCUGUAUUUGUGUUCGGCAACGGGGGUUCUGUACCAUCGCAACAGGAGCUGCACGAGCUGCAGGAACAUCUGCAUGCUCUCGAACAGAAAAAGGCCCUACGAACUUGUGAAUUUGGGGCCCUUCAAAGAGAGAUAGUUGUUCAGCUACACUUGGUUGGAGCUGUGCCCGACAUGCAGUUCGAGCAAGAAAUUGUGGACAACCCUGAGACCUUCAUCUUGUUCUUGCAGAACCUUGAAAAUGCUGGCGACUAUCUUCAGAGGUUGAAAAAGCUGGAAAAUGCACGCCAUGAAGAGAUUGCUACCCUAAUGGAACAGCUUAACAUUUUCUAUGAUCGGCUUGAUGUGCCCGAAGAACAACAGCUCGGGCAUCCCACUAGCCUCACUACGGAAGUAGUUGACACGCCCGAAGGCCGCACAGUGGUGCAGCAGGAAGAAGAGAUGCAAGCACUCGUGCAGAGGCUGCGGGAAAUAAGAUAUUCCCGCAAGCGAGAGCUUCACAGGUUGAGAAGCGUGGAAGCAGACCUCUGCCACAGGUUGGACGAGCCUGUAUUUGUGUUCGGCAACGGGGGCUCUGUACCAUCGCAACAGGAGCUGCACGAGCUGCAGGAACAUCUGCAUGCUCUCGAACAGAAAAAGGCCCUACGAACUUGUGAAUUUGGGGCCCUUCAAAGAGAGAUAGUUGCUCAGCUACACUUGGUUGGAGCUGUGCCUGACAUGCAGUUCGAGCAAGAAAUUGUGGACAACCCUGAGACCUUCAUCUUGUCCUUGCAGAACCUUGAAAAUGCUGGCGACUAUCUUCAGAGGGUGAGUUACAUUUACCAGCUUAGAUGCACAGAGACUAUAGGGGCUCUCUCCCUUCGAUGUCUUUACUUUCUUACUGAAAUGAAGCUGGAACUUCCAUUUCAUUUUCAAUUAUUCUUGUGCCAAACCAAAUCACGCCAGUAACAAUGGUGGCAUGGCAGCGUCUACAUCAAUGAC